GUCAGAUCUCAAUUGAUCCUACGGCCAUGAGAAACCUGAAAGACAGUAUAAAUUUGUGAGCCCUCCCACAUUAUUCUCCUCUCUCAUUUUCAAAAACCUCGCGGCGGACACUGAGCUGCCUUCUCCAACUUCUCUAAGUAUUAUUUGCUGAGAAAUCAUGGGUAAAGAGAAGACUCACAUUAACAUUGUGGUCAUUGGCCACGUCGACUCUGGAAAGUCAACCACCACUGGUCACUUGAUCUACAAGCUUGGUGGUAUUGACAAGCGUGUGAUCGAGAGGUUCGAGAAGGAGGCUGCUGAGAUGAACAAGAGGUCAUUCAAGUAUGCGUGGGUGCUCGACAAACUCAAGGCUGAGCGUGAACGUGGUAUCACCAUUGAUAUUGCCUUGUGGAAGUUUGAGACCACCAAGUACUACUGCACUGUUAUUGAUGCCCCCGGACAUCGUGACUUUAUCAAGAACAUGAUUACGGGUACCUCACAGGCCGACUGUGCUGUCCUCAUCAUUGACUCCACCACUGGUGGUUUUGAGGCAGGUAUCUCCAAGGAUGGGCAGACCCGUGAGCAUGCAUUGCUUGCUUUCACUCUUGGAGUGAAGCAAAUGAUUUGCUGCUGUAACAAGAUGGAUGCCACCACACCUAAAUACUCCAAGGCUAGGUUUGAUGAGAUCAUUAAGGAAGUUGCCUCCUACCUCAAGAAGGUUGGAUACAAUCCCGAGAAGAUCCCAUUCGUUCCUAUUUCUGGGUUUGAGGGAGAUAACAUGAUUGAGAGGUCCACCAACCUUGACUGGUACAAGGGCCCAACCCUUCUUGAGGCACUUGACCAGAUCUUGGAGCCCAAGAGACCAUCAGACAAGCCUCUCCGUCUCCCACUUCAGGAUGUUUACAAGAUUGGUGGUAUUGGUACGGUGCCUGUGGGUCGUGUUGAGACUGGUGUUAUCAAGCCUGGUAUGGUUGUCACCUUUGCCCCAUCUGGUUUGACAACUGAAGUCAAGUCAGUUGAGAUGCACCACGAGGCCUUGCAAGAGGCUCUUCCUGGUGACAAUGUGGGGUUCAACGUGAAGAACGUUGCAGUCAAGGACUUGAAGCGUGGGUAUGUUGCCUCCAACUCCAAGGAUGAUCCUGCCAAGGAAGCUGCCAACUUCACCUCCCAGGUCAUCAUCAUGAACCACCCGGGACAGAUUGGCAAUGGAUAUGCCCCAGUGCUCGAUUGCCACACCUCUCACAUUGCAGUGAAGUUUGCUGAGAUCUUGACCAAGAUUGACAGGCGAUCUGGUAAGGAACUGGAGAAGGAGCCCAAGUUCCUGAAGAAUGGUGAUGCUGGUAUGAUUAAGAUGGUUCCGACUAAACCCAUGGUGGUGGAAACUUUCUCAGCGUACCCUCCUCUUGGACGAUUUGCUGUCCGUGACAUGCGACAGACUGUUGCUGUUGGUGUCAUCAAGAGCGUUGAGAAGAAGGACCCAACUGGUGCCAAGGUUACCAAGGCUGCUGUCAAGAAGGGUGCCAAGUGAGAAGUGCAAGCUCUUGUCUCUUUUGAUGCCAGAGAAGACUAUUUUCACAAAUGAUUAUAUGAUGUUAACAAUGCUGGUCCUGCUGUACCAUGGAGCAGUAUUGUUUUUUGCUUAUUUCUGUUGCUUGGUUUGAGGUGUCUUUAUGCGGCUCUUUUAUCCAUUUCUCUUUUGCC